AUGGCUAAAACAGAUCAGUUGAAGAAAUUACCGUUUGAAGGCAAAGUAGCUGUGUUGGCAGGUGCUACUGAUGGAAUUGGUUAUGCCAUUGCUGAUCGUCUUGCACAUGAUGGUGCCAAAGUGAUGGUUAGUAGUCGUAAACAGGUCAAUGUUGAUAAGGCAGUAGAGUCACUCCGAAAACAGCAUGGAACUGAGUCUGUUUCUGGUGUUAUUUGUCAUGUGGGUAAAGAUGAAGACAGAAAGAGAUUAAUAAAAGAGGGAAGUUCUUAUGCUGUUAGUAAAACAGCUUUAGUUGCUUUGACAAGAUCACUUGCUUCAGAACUUGCUCGUGAUAAUAUUAGAGUAAAUGGUAUUGCACCUGGUCUCAUUAAGACAAGAUUUGGAGAAGCGCUUUGA